GCCCCUUUUGAAGGUGAGAAUGCCCCCAAGGCUGGCAGGGCCACCUCCACCCAGCCCGGCUGGGAGAUCCCCACUCAGCUGCCCAAAUAUGUGGAGCUGGAUCUCCAGCGGAGCGUGCAGGCUGUGCUCCGAGAGCUCAGCGCCCAGGCCCCCGCCCUGCAGAGCAACCGAGGCAUGUGGAGGUGGUCCCUGCACAAGAAGGUUGAGCGGGAUCCUGGGAAGAGCCCGGCGCUGGUCCGCAUCCUGCUCAGAGAGCUGGAGAAGGCAGAAAGUGAGGAUGCACGCCACAUCAUCAUUCCCUUGCUGCACACUCUAAUGUACGUGCUCACUAAGGCCACGGGCAUCACAGAGGAGCUCCACCGGAGAACCUACGCCUUUUGCAAGAGGUUGCUGACCCUGCCCGCUCCCUACUGCACGAUCGCCCUGGACUGCGCCAUCAGGCUGAAAACGGAGACGGCUGUCCCAGGGACGCUGUACCAGAGGCUGGUCAUUGCCGAGCAGAACCUGACGAGCGAGCUGUACCCCUAUCGGGAGAGAGUGUUCCUCUUCGUGGAUCCUGAGCUGGUGUCUCCCUCCGUGUGCAGUGCCCUGCUGCUGGAGAUCGAGGCGGCCCAAGGGCAGCAGACGCCAGAGGCCUGCAUGCGCCACGUGGUCUCCCACGCCCUGCAGGCGGCGCUGGGGGAGGCCUGCCACGCAGGCGCACUGCAGAGGAAGCUGCUGGCCAGCUCCCGCCCCGCCUUGGAGCGCUAUUUCCACGCCGUGGUGACAGCCGUGGAGCAGAUGGCCAGAGAGCCAAGCCCUAGCCGAGAGGGCCACCUGGAGAGGCUGGAGGAGAUUUACUGCUCGUUGCUGGGGCCGGCGGCGACAGCCAGGGGGCGCUGCGGCGGUGACCCCCUCCAGGACCAGCCACUGAGUGUCCCUCUGCCCAGCCCCCGCAUCACCUUCCACCUGUGGACCGAUGAGGAGCAGCUCUGGAAGGAACUGGUGCUCUUCCUGCGCCCGCAAACCCAGCUGCGCCUCAGUGCAGACUUGGAGGCCUUGGAUCUUCAGGGCCUCCUGCCAGACUGGGAGCUGGCCCGGGCGUCCAUGCUGUCCACUGACAGCGGCAUCGAGCGGGACCUUCCUCUGGGGGCCGACGAGCUGCUGGCCCCUGGCAGCCCCGAGGCAGAGCGAGCCGGGCUGCAGCGCAAAGGGGGCAUCAAGAAGCGGGUGUGGCCCGCAGACAUCGUGAUGCCCAGCAGCUGGGAUGGGCCCCCAGGGCUGCACCGCAGGACAGGCAGACCCAGCGGGGACGGGGAGCUGCUGCCUGGCGUCUCCCGGCUGCACACAGCGCGGGUGCUGGUGCUGGGGGAUGACAGGAUGCUGGGGCGCCUGGCCCGGGCCUACCGCAACCUCAGGAAGCAAGAAACCCAGAGGUUCUGCCUCACCCCCCGACUCAGCCUGCAGCUCUACUACAUCCCCCUGCUGGCUCGAAAGACAUCUGCAGCAUCCAGGCAUUCAGAGCUGGGAGAGUUGGCCGCAUUCCUGGGCCGCAUGGACCCGUGGUACGAGAGCAUCGUCAACACCCUGUGCCCCACCAUCCACAAGCUGGCAGAGAUGCCUCUCUCCCUGGACACAUCCCAGACUGUAGACCCCUUCAUCCUGGAUGCCAUCACCUACUAUGUUCGCAUGGGCACCCAGCCCAUCUAUUUCCAGAUCUACACGGUCAAGAUCUUCUCUGGUGACCUGAGCCAAGACCCUGCGGAGGACAUUUUCCUCACCGAGCUGAAGGUCAAGAUCCAAGACUCCAAGUUCCCCAAAGAUAGUUUUUCACCCCGGAGGAGGGGUGUGGCCGAGGGCCCAGGGGCUGAGCUGUCCAUCUGCUACCAGAAGGCCCUGCUCAGCCAGCGGACCCGGGAGGUCACUGUCUCCCUGCGGGCCACUGGGCUGGUUCUGAAGACCCUUCCAGCCAGUGACACUGAAGACCACACGUGCCUGAAAGUUAGUGUGACAGAGAUUGUGAAGACCUCCAACUUGGCGGGAAGGUCCUUCUCUGUGGUGACAAACACCUUCCGGACAGCCCACAUCCAGAUCCAGAGCCAGGACCGGAGGCUGCUGACCCUGUCGCUGGACAAGGACAGCUGCCGCACGUACAAGGAUGUGGUCAGGUUCGAGGUUGCUCCCUGCCCAGAGCCGUGUUCGGGGACCCAGAAAUCCAAGGUGCUGGGGCUCAUCUCCCACCGGCAGGAGAUGGAAAGGAACAAAGCCAAGGCUAAGCCUCUUCUGAUGCCCAUCAACACGUUCUCUGGCAUCGUCCAGUGA